AUGGAUUUGUGUUUCACAUUUAAUUGCAAUGGAAAGGUGAACUUCAACGAUUGGGAACUAAGUAAAGAAAGUUUGUUUUUGCGAGGCGAGGUAGAGAACGUUCUCUAUCCGCAAGAUGAUACUCCACUGUCUGAUGUGGACAUGAAACUUUUUGAUUACAAUGUGCCUGCGUCCAUAGGCAUAUUGGAUUUAAAACAUUAUGUCAAAUGCAUGGGGAUGCAAUUGAAGAUAUUGAGCAGGCACGAGACUUACAAUCAAGUUUUAAAUUCCAAGAGAGAUGAUACAGAUUUUUAUUCUAUAAGACGUAUUGUGUGUGAAUUUCUGUUGUACAUUAGAAUAUAUUUAAACAGUAUUAAAUGGAAUCUUCAGUCUUUGGAAAUUAUAAACGAAAACAUCGAAGAAGAAUUCAACAGAUUAUUUAUUACCGUAAAAAAUUUCCUAAGUAGGCUGAAAAAUAUUCCGGAUGCCACGUUUCAUUACGCAUGUUCUAAGUUAGGCAAUCAGUGUAAACAACCAGAAUAUCAUAUGUACCAUAUGCACAUAGAGUUACGAUGGUUUUUUAUUUCGUUGGUGUACACACGAAGUCUAUAUUGUCAGUAUUCAAUGGAGAGUCAGUUGGAUGAAUUUGAAAAUAUUCAAGGAACGAUUAUCAAUGAUCUCAUUUAUAUAUCGCUAAAGAUAUUUGAAACAAUGUCUUUAAUAAACAUGCAACAAAAAACUCCAUAUAAUUGUACUUGCGUUCGUGAGUUAUGGCUAAUGCUUCAAAUAUUCACUGACAGCCUGUCCGACAGAAUGAAAACAAAGACAUUCUGGGGCUACGUAAAUGAUAGUAUUAAUGGAUUAUUAAACAGUGGGGUGUUUAGCAGCCAACCAGAAUCUUUGUCCUACGCCUUAGCACCUUGCAAAAACUCUGAAUUGUUCUGUUUAUGGAUAGUUCAUAAUCUUACACUUUUAUAUGGGUAUAAUAUCGACGGGAUAUAUUUAGGCUCCAAAUGUUCAAGGAUUAGACCGAAUUACGAGCAGCUGGAAAAAAUUUUGAAAACCUAUAUCUCGAAAGGCGGGAAGGACGGCGACAGAGACGAAAUUGACGAAGAAUUACGUGUGAUGAUUCCCCUAUUAAAUACCAUUGUUACUAAUUGGUGGCAGCCACGAGUGUCAAUAAUUUCCCUUCUCUGGGACUGUUUUCAUAAAAGAUUAGGCGAGCCAUUCUUGUUACAAACAUCUGGACCUUGGACUUUGUCAGUUGAAAAGAAGACUGCUAUGGAUAUCCUUAAGCAAGUAAGGGACCGAAUAAAUAACGCAGAAUGUGUUAAAGAAUCUAGUUAUGGAAUGUUUUUACGUUUUCUUGGAUCGUUCUUGCAGAUAAACUAUAGCAGCAGUGAUACAAAGCAUUGGAAUCAAAUUAAAGGUCGAAUCUAUUCGAAGUUUUCUAAGAGUAAAGUACAAGAAUUUUCAGUAACAGGCUUGUACAAUUUCAUUUCCCUGUUUCUAACAUUAGCGGUUACUGCAGACACUAUAAACGUAUGUUCAGUAAUGUUAGAUCUUCUACCACCCACAAAAGAAUACAACAACGAUACCAGUAAAAGGUGUAGCUUAAUUUGGAAGGGAAAAUUGGCUAUUCUACUUCUGUACAGCGAACUAAAUCUUAAUUUUACAAACGUAGCAACUAGCUAUAUAGACACGGUGAAUACAAUAAGUUGUCGUAAAGAUGAUACUUCCCGGUCGAUGAUGAUCAAUUUCGUGGAUGUAUUGAGUAUAAUUUUGUCGUCUAGCAAAAUAGAAUUAGAAGAACACUUGCUACUCGGUGGUUGGAUAGAUCGGUACUUAGUCGAAUGUUCGAGUAAAAUGGUCGGGACAUUAACAAAAGUACUUAUUAACGUUUUUCAGAAAUGUGUUAACGUUUCUAAUUCAGAUGGAGUAGGAAGAAUGUUAGACGCUUUGUGGUGUUAUGUUGCAUGUAGAAUACGACAACUUGUUUUCGACCCUGUACUUACUAGUGAUCAUUAUCGGGAUGUCUCAAAACUUGCUGUGUUAUUUACUUUGGAUGCUCUGAGAAAUCCUGUGAUAGCAAAAAAGCACAAGCAUUCGGCUAUGUCUUUGUUUCAGCACUUUGCAUCUUCGUUGAUUGUAAAAAACAUUAGAAUUACAAGGCACUACUUAGUACUGAUACUCGAAGAUAAAUCAGCAGUCGAAGCUCUAAAAAAGGAAAUAAAAAAUUUCGACACAAUACUUGUACAGGCGUGGAUUAAAUGUUCCAUUAUAGGUCAUGAUACAAACGGAGUUGAAAUUAAUAUUAUACAAGAUUACAUAUUGUCGCUCGGUGAAAUACAACAAAUGUUUGUAACGCAUCAGGAUAUUCAAGAAUUUCAGAACAGUAACGAGUCUAUUUUAGUGUUCAUGAUGUAUUCUAUGAAGAAACGAAACACUUUAAAAACGGAACAAGAACGAAUUCAGUAUGAUGCAAAAUGGAGAUCAUAUUUUAAUCACUUGGAAAAAUGGAUCCUUGCACCAAUUACAGAAGAAACUAAAGACACAGAAUUAGCUUUGUGGAUAUACAGAUGUAUCGGAACAUUAAUUCUUUGUAGUUCGACAAUGUUGUAUUCCAAAAACCAACCGAAUAACAUGUUCAAAAUGUUACUGAACAAAGCUAUUCUUUCAUCCGACCAAUUGUUUUUGAAAAAUCUGGGCAAGAAGACAUUUUCCAUGAUACUUUUGGGAACAGAGGCUCUCAAUGUUAAAAGCAAUAUAUCGCUUCAAAUACUGAUCAAAGACCUCUUUGAUCAAUACAUGCCGCUCUUGAUAACUCCCGUUAAUAAUACAAAUAACUUUAAAGUAUCCGAUUCGUUGUUAAAGUGCUUUAAGGAUGGAAACGCAGACUUUAUACAUUUAAUGUUUGAAAUAUUGAUGACAAAUUUUCUUUCCAUUUCAAGUGACAACACGAUGCACAAACAUUUUUAUCUAGUGAUGAUAUUCCUGCAAACUCUACUGAAAGGAGGAACAGAUUACGCCAGUUAUGUAACAGAAUAUAUUAUUUUAAUUUGUACGCCUUAUAUUAUCAGCGGAUACGUAAGAGUUCACGAAUCUCAUCCCCACAGGCAACAUGCUAUAGAUUUUAUGAAGCAUGUUAUCAGAAGUCCAUAUUACAAAGAAAGCCAUAUUUUACAGGAAAAGUUCAACAAUGUCAUAUCGAGCACUGUCCAAAAAUCAAUUAUAACGAAUCAGCACAAUACUUUUGCAUUUCUGCGAUCGAUUUUAUCGGUGAAGAUUGAAAUAGUACACUCUCUAUCGCCCCUUAUUAAACGUAUCUUAAUUGAUUCGGAGCGGAAUCGUCGCCCGAACACGGCAUCCUUAAGGUACUCCUGGAAUCAGCUUGAAACCGCUAUGAGAAACGUAAACGGGAACCAGUAAUUCCAAACGAUUUACAGCUGCGUACAGACUGUCCACGUGCCGUUGAAG